AUGCCUGAGGUCUUUACACGAACAAUUCCAAAUGCCCCAGAAGAUGAUAGACCUUUAGAAAUUAUAAGUGAUCAUGAAUAUGGAAAACUAACGAGUGAUGAAUAUUUGUAUACUUCAAAACAUCCAGUUGGCGAACCAUUUUUAAAACCAGAAGAAGGUGAACCAACGUAUAUAAUAUAUUUAGCUACUUAUUUAAAUUUUUUAUUAUUAAUUAUUAUUGGUCAUAUUCGAGAUUUCUUUGGAAAGAUUUUUAAACCAAAAGAGUAUGAAGAUUUAAUAGAAAUUGAUGGGUAUGCUCCGUGGUAUGAUGGGUUUGAAAGCUUUUAUGUUCGUAGAUUAAAAAUGAGAAUUGAUGAUUGUUUUGCAAGACCAAUCCACGGUGCUCCGGGUAGAUUUAUUAAAUGUUUCAAUAGAAAAAGAGAUGGUAAAUAUGGCUAUUUAUAUGAUGGUACAUCAAGAGAAUGUUUAAAUUUAUCAAGUUAUAAUUAUUUAGGAUUUGCUCAAUCAUCAGGUACUUGUACAGAUUUUGCAUUAGAUUGUUUAAAAUAUGGUACUUCUGCAUGUGCAUCUAGAUUACAUUUAGGAACGGAUUUACAUAAAAAAUGUGAAAGAGUAAUUGCUGAUUUCGUGGGGAAAGAAGAUGCAAUUAUAGUAUCGCAAGGUUAUGGAACUAAUGCUAAUUUUUUCAUGUCAAUAGCAGAUUCAAAGACAUUAAUUAUAUCAGAUGAAUUAAAUCAUGCAUCUAUAAGAUUUGGUAUUAGAUUAUCUGGUGCUAUAGUCAAAGUAUUCAAACAUAAUGAUAUGAAAAGUUUAGAGAAAUUGAUAAGAGACCAAAUAGCUCAAGGUCAACCAAAGACACAUAGACCAUGGAAGAAAAUUAUAAUAGCAGUUGAGGGUUUAUAUUCAAUGGAAGGAAAUAUGUGUGAUUUACCAGAAUUAAUCAGAAUAAAAGACAAAUAUAAAUGUUAUUUAUUUGUUGACGAAGCUCAUUCUAUAGGUGCAUUAGGUCCAAAUGGUAAAGGUAUAUGUGAUUAUUUUCAAGUUGAUCCAAAUGAUGUUGAUGUUUUAAUGGGAACCCUUACAAAAUCUUUUGGUGCAACUGGCGGUUAUAUAGCAGGUUCACAAGAAUUAAUUGAUAAAUUAAGAUUAGAUUAUAUAACUCAAGGUUAUUCAGAAAGUGUACCUCCACCAGUUUUAGGACAAAUGAUUUCAAGUUUAUCAGUUAUAAAUGGAGAUUUAAAUCCAGGGGAAGGUAAAGAAAGAUUACAAAGAAUUGCAUUUAAUUCAAGAUAUUUAAGAUUGGGAUUAAAGAGAUUGGGUUUUAUAGUUUAUGGUGCUGAUGAUUCACCUGUUAUACCAUUAUUGAUAUAUUUACCUGGUAAAAUGCCGGGUCUUUCAAGAUCAUUAUAUGAUUUAGGUAUAGCUAUAGUUGUUGUAAGUUAUCCUGCAACUCCAUUAUUAUCAGCAAGAGCAAGAUUAUGUUUAUCAUCAGCUAUAACAAAAGAAGAUUUAGAUGAUUUGCUAAUCAAAUUAAGUGAUGUAGGUGAUCAAUUCUUUUUGAAAUAUAAUUCAAAGAAAUUACCAAUAGAACAAGUAUUGUCAACAUUAGUUGAAGAUUGUAAAAAGACUAAUUUAGAUUUUUAA